AUGCAUAGUAUCGUCACUAACUUUCGAAACUUCGAUUUAGUUAUAAAUGGUCUGUUUAACUUUAUCGGCGGUGUUUCGGCAACUUUAAAAACAUUCGUAAUGCUGAGACGCCGGGAUCUGUUUGCGAAAAUCCUGAAAACAAUUGAAACGCUUCAGGUGAAGAGAAAUACAUAUGAACCUACACAGAAUUAUGUUUUUAACGUUAACAAAGUGUGGAUUAUUGUUGCCGCUUCUUACUACGCUGUCGAAUUUCUACUGUUCAUAGUCGCAAUGUACGGGCGAAUAACGCAUCCCAGUUAUUCAUGGAGAACACGAAUUCUCGACGUAACAAUUGUUAAUAUAACGUACAGCCCAAACUACGAACUUGCAUAUAUCUACCAGUUAGCAAGUGUUUAUCUAGUAUCCUCCAUAGUAUGCUUCUCGAACGUCCUAAUUGCAGCGAUCUUAAUCGAUAUGUCUGUACAGUUUCAACUAUUUAAUCGUUUCAUCACUCAAAAAUACGCGAACAUAUUAACAGAGGAUUACGUUCCUUCAAUUCGACAGAUCGUACAGCGCCAUUUGAGUCUCAUUGGUAUCAUGGCUGAAAUUGAAAAAGCUUGCUCCAUGCCAUUAAUUAUCGACGUGGUUUUGGGCUUACUGAUCAUAUGCUUUUCAGGAUAUUACGCGUCGGUUCUACCUCUCUUCGAUCUAAAAGCGACCCAAUCGUACUUCGAAAUAACAGCAACAACAAUGUCCAUAUAUGUUGUAUCCUACUAUGGUACAAAGGUAACGUUGGAGAUUGAGACGGUGUCCAACGGUACAAAGGUAACGUUGGAGAUUGAGACGGUGUCCAACACCUGCUAUCACAUUAACUUUAUUGGAACCGACCUUCGUUUUCAAAAGUCCUUAAUAAUCAUAAUGAGAAGAUGUCAGAAACCUGUUGUAAUAAUUGUUGGAAAAUUUACAGCUCUUUCCAUAGUUGUGUUUGUUACGGUAAGAGGGCGAUCUUAA